AUGAAGUUGAAUCAAUUUUGUGUGCACAGAGUGGUUGAGGAGCUGUCCACGGCUUUGCAAACCAGGAAUGCCUUACUCGCCCAAUUUUUACCGUCCAUCGACUUUGACGAUUUUCCCGGGUGGUCCAGGGAAAAGGUGCUGAAACUCAUCAGCAAUGAGCAGGACGACGCAUCCACUAUACCUCUAGACGAAGGCGACAACAGGACCAGUUCGCCGGGAACCACGACAGUCUGGGGAGAGAUAGACGAAUUGGAUCACGAAUGGGAUGAAUCCAAGCGUGAACAGGAAUAUGCCUCGCCAGUUGGCGACGAUGUCAAUGGGCUUGCGGUUCAACAAGGAGCAGGAUCCUACCUCGGCGUAUCAUCCAUCGGCGCCGCGCUACGUGUGCUCUUUGUUGUCUGGCCUCCUGCACGGCAAAGCUACUUACAGCUCAGAGGCACCCUUCUUCGCAGCCAGCUUGAUCCUGCUCAGCGCCAACUGCAAAACUACACACGGCCGGAAACAAGUAAGGACAGGUCGGGUUCUUUCCUGCCAUCGGCAGAGCAGGCGGCUGUCGAUGCUUAUUUCGAACACUUUCACGCCAUGAUACCCAUGAUUGACGAAGUAUGGUUCAGGAGCUUAUUUCAGACCCAGUUCAGGACGGAUGACGCCUGGCUAGCACUUCUGAACAUGGUGCUAGCACUCGGCUCUAUCGCUGCCGGAGACGAUCAAACCCAUGUCAUCUACCACAGUCGAACCCAACAAGUCAUUGGAUACAACACAUUCAGCUCGGGAAAUUUAGAGGUGUUGCAAGCCCUCAUUCUCUUGGGAGGUCAGUACCUGCAUUAUAUCAACUCGCCAAACACUGCGUACCUGGUGAUGGGUACAGCAUUUCGAAUGGCCAUUGCAAUGGCCCUGCAUCGCGACACCGUUGGUGGUAUACAGCCACAGAAUCAUGCUCUCGAGAACUUACCAUCGUCGGCCACGAAUAUGGGCCGGUUGUCUCGCGCCGAGAUCAGAAGGAGAACCUGGUGGAGUCUUGUCUGCACUGAUACCUGGGCAGGUAUACUUCUUGGCCGUCCCACAGUCACGCGCUGGGAUCCUGUGACGAUGGAUAUAGCAUUACCCAACGACCUUCUAGUACACGCCGAUCAUGUGAGUCAGGGGGACAGAGAUUGGACUGGGACAUCACUCCGACUCAGCGCAGAAUUUGCCAAAAUCUCGUCCAGGAUUGAGUACAGAUUGUCCCAGUUCUCCCGCCUGAAUGGCCGAGAAGUCAUUGCGUUUGAGACUCAACUUCAGGCUUGGAACAAAUCUCGCCCUCCAACUUUCGUUCUGGGCACCGCAUGCCCGAGAAGCAUCAGAUACAGUCGUGUCAACAUGCACUAUCGGUUUCACAUUGCACGACUGGUCAUGUCUCGCCCUCACCUGUUGCGCUUAGCUGAGAACACUGCGUCAUCGGAGCCGUUAACGUUUGUCGCAGAGGACUGGCGUGCUGUGUCGAUCUGCAGAGACGCGGCUUCUGCCAUCAUCAACGAGGCCAGCAGGACUCAUAGUCAGAACCGGGUCUCUGUCUGGCAUUCUUCAUGGUAUCUUUUCCAAGCUUGUAUGGUCCCAUUAUUGUCAAUUGCUCUAGGCAGAAGGCUUCCAUCGGAUCAAGCUUUUGACGAAGAUAUGGUCAAUAGCUGGAAAGAGAGCCUGGAAAGGGCAAUACGCACAUUUCGAGCCAUGGCCCCAUAUACCAGAUCCACGGAUCGAUAUAUGGAUGUUGUUGAAUCACUGUACAAUGGCAUCGUUACGAACUACGAGCUGGAGCAGCAAGCUACGAUGUCGAACGGGUCUGCAUUCAACGACUUGCUAGUCAUGGCUGGGGCAGAUACAGGCUCGCUAAGCCCUUCAAACGUGCGCGAUUUUGACCUAUUUCCUAGUUGGUUUGACGACAACCUUGCAUUCGGAGAUGAGGGAAUGAAUUGGCAAUGGAGUUUCGACCAGUGGCUCCUAGAUAACCUCUCGUCACAACAGGGAGGAUGA